UACAACGUCGGAUAUUUCGCAAUGAUAAGCGCUAAUUACAAAUUUGCAGAUUGAGUAUGUGGCGGUAGGAACAAACUUAUUUAUUAUACUGAUGUAACGUUGCUUCAGCAUAAUAGGGACAAAGCAAUAUGUUUUAAUUUGCAGGUGUGGCCAGCUGGGAUCUUUAAUAGGCUGUUUAAUGUAGACAACCAGAAUAUUCAUCAAUCAGAAUUUGAAACUACUUUAGCCGAUUCUUGCUGAAUCCAAUGUGGAACGUUGCUCGGCUGGAAAUUUGUAAGAUAUAAUAUUUAAAAGAGCAUUUUGUAAGAAAUAUACUGAAGUUUUUAUUUGUCCAGAUUGCAGUCACUCAACCGGGGACAUGGAUGUUAUGGAACAUGCUUAGUUUUGAUGAGCAAAAUGAUGAUCAAGAUGGAGAUGCUAAUGAUCAAGAUGGAGAUGCUAAUGGUCAAGAUGGAGGUGGUAAUAGUGAGAAAAAUAUUGAUAAUCAAGAUGGAGGCGGUAAUAAUGAGCAAAAUACUGAUAAUCAAGAUGGAGGCGGUAAUAAUGAGCAAAAUACUGAUAAUCAAGAUGGAGGCAGUAAUAAUGAGCAAAAUACUGAUGAUCAAGAUGGAGGCGCUAAUAAUGAACAAAAUACUGAUGAUCAAGAUGAAGGUACAAAUAAUGAGCAAAAUACUGAUGAUCAAGAUGAAGGCGGUAAUCAACAGGUUCCUAUUGGCCAAGAAGUGGGCACUAAUGAGCAACAUGUUGAUGAUCAAGAUGAAGGUACAAAUAACGAGCAGAACACUGAUGAACAAGAUGGAAGCGAUAAUAACCAGCUGGUUCUCAUUGACCAAGAAGUGGGUACUAAUGAGCAAAAUGUUAACCAAAGAUGAAGGCGGUAAUCAACAAGUUCCUUUUGACCAAGAAGUGGGCAGUAAUGAACAAAAUGUUGAUCAACUUGUUCCUAUUAAGCAACAAGUCACAAUGAACCUGAUUUAGGCAGUUAUAAUGAGCAAAAAAUUGAUUAUGCUGUUGAA